UUCCCCAUCCCUCAAUUAUUUUUCCUUCUCAACUGAGAGCCCAACUUGCUCUGCUUCCCCAUCCCUCAAUUAUCCCCAUCCCUCAAUUAUUUAUCCUUAUCCUGAAGCCCAAACUGCACCCCAUCGCCCAAUCUUUUCAGCACCCCAUUCCCCAAUUCUUUUCAGCUUCUCCAUCUCCUUUCUCCCUCUUCUUCUUCUUCUCUUCUGACUUUUCUUCUCCUUUGAUAUUGGUCACUGCCCGCCGAGACACAGAGAAGCAGAGAAAGAGGUGGAAGGGAGACGAGAUAAGGGUAUUUUGGGUAGAAAAAAGGAAUUCCGGACAGAUAGAGGCUUGUUGUUCUGGAAACUGAUUCCGGGUAUAUUAGAAGUCUGAUUCCGGGUAUAUUGGGAGUCUGAUUCCCCAUAUUAGUAGGGUUCCACAUACAUUUCAUUACCUCAACUGUCGGUAAACUCUUGAACAACCUGGGAGGGGUGCAAUUCUCAUUCCUCUUGUCUCCUAUUUAAGCUCAAGCUGUGCACUAAAGGCUAAAGCCAUUGCUACCCGCCUACCAUGAGCUCAAAGCCACAUGCUGCCAUACUUUGCAGCCCAGGCCUGGGCCACCUCAUCCCCGUCCUCGAGCUCGCAAAACGACUUGUCACCCACCGGAACUUCACCGUGACGAUCUUUGCCAUCCCAUCUCCUACCUCCAAAGCUGAGUCUGAGCUCCUCAAGGCAGCCACCACCCCCAAAUUCUGUGACAUUGUUGAACUCCCACCGCCCGACAUUUCCGGCUGUGUUGGCCCCGAUGCUGCUGUCGUUACACUCCUUGCAGUCAUGAUGCGUGAAGUACGACCUGCGUUUCGGUCAGCCAUACUUGGCAUCAAGCCUCCUCUUCGUCCUACCGUGCUUAUCGUGGACCUCUUCAGCACCGAAUCUCUGUCCAUCGGCGACGAGCUAGGGAUUCCCAAGUACGUUUUCAUUGCUUGCAAUGCAUGGUUCCUAGCGUUGACAGUUUACGUGCGAGUUCUUGAUAAGGAAGUGGAAGGAGAGUAUGUGGACCAGACUGAACCGCUGAGAAUUCCAGGUUGCAAGCCGGUUCGGCCCGAAGACGUCGUAGACCCGAUGCUGGACCGGACUGACCAACAAUAUUUGGAAUACGUAAGGAUAGGUUCUAAUUUCCCCAAGAGUGAUGGGAUUUUGAUAAAUACAUGGGAGGACUUGCAGCACGAAACAUUAGAUGCAUUCCGGGAUGAGAGACUCCUGGGUGGGGUGGCUAAGGUGCCGGUUUAUCCUAUUGGACCGUUGACGAGGCCGGUCCAAUCAGGUGGUUCAGCUGGUCCAAAAGAGGAGGGCUUGUUUAAUUGGCUAGACAAGCAACCUAGUGAGUCCGUGAUAUUUGUGUCAUUAGGGAGUGGGGGGACGGUGUCUUUUGAGCAGAUGACAGAAAUGGCUUGGGGGUUGGAAUUGAGUCAACAAAGAUUCAUUUGGGUUGUCCGCCCACCAUCUAACUCUCCAGAUGCUGCUUUUUUCACUUCAGAUGGAGACAAUGACGCAUCAACCUAUUUGCCCAAAGGAUUCUUAACCCGGACCCGUGACGUUGGAUUGGUUGUGCCUCUUUGGGUGCCUCAAGUGGACAUGUUAAGUCAUCCUUCAAUUGGAGGGUUUUGGUCACACUGUGGGUGGAACUCAACCAUCGAGAGCAUCACCUAUGGAGUGCCAAUGAUAGUUUGGCCACUAUAUGCGGAGCAGAGAUUGAACGCUACACUGUUGACGGAGGAACUUGGUGUUGCUGUCAGAUCAAAAGUGCUACCAUUGAAGAAGGUGGUUGGGAGAGAAGAGAUAGAGGGAAUGGUGAGAAAGAUCAUGGUAGAUAGAGAUGGUCAAGCAAUAAGAGAUAGAGUUAAAGAGCUUAAAUUGAGUGCUGCCAAAGCAUUGAGCGUAGCUGGUUCUUCAUAUAAUGCAUUGUCACAAAUACCGGGUGACAAUCAAGGCAAAUGCUAGAAGAUUUGCUGAACAGGAAGGCUCUCAAAUAUGCUUGUUGUUUUCAACAGGCUUUUUAACUAAAAUAGUCUAUGAGAUUGACCUAAUUCGUUAAUUUGAUCUCUAACAAUGAAAAUUGAUAAAUCUUGUUAAAGACCAAAUUAAAGAGUUAGGUCAAUCUCAUAGACUAUUUUGACUAAAAAACAUUGUCAAUAUUGUAUGGUGAAGUAUAAACAUCAAUAAUAUUUAUGGUAGAAUGGUGUGUAUUCUCUUAUUUCAGCCCAUGUUUGUCGUCAGGCCAACAUGAUGGCACACUGUCUUGCUAAAUUUGCUCUGCAUUGUGGGGUUUGCAUUCUUCGUUCGAAGAAUCCUCAAACCUGUUGUCUGAGCUCUUUGUGCUAGAAUGUAAUGGUUGAUUGUCUUUGUGAAGGGCGGGCCUAUAUAUUGUCCAUUCUCUAUGUGUUGAGUUGUCAUCAGCUUCCUUUGAAUUAAUGAAAUUUCUAUCAUUGUGCUUAAAAAAAAA